UCAGUAACACUUCAUACAGAUCUCGGUGAUCUUAAAAUUGAAGUAUUUUGUGAGGCAGUACCAAAAACUGCCGAGAACUUUUUAGCCUUAUGUGCAAGUGGAUACUAUGAUAACAAUUUAUUUCACAGGAAUGUCAAAGGUUUCAUAGUGCAGACAGGAGAUCCUCUAGGAACUGGUAAAGGAGGGACUUCAAUUUGGGGAAGGAAAUUUGAGGAUGAAAUUAAAUCUUCAUUAAAGCAUAACACACGAGGUAUAGUUUCAAUGGCAAAUAGUGGACCUGAUACCAAUGGAUCACAAUUUUUUAUAACGUAUACUAAACUACCUCACUUAGACACAAAGAAUACGGUAUUUGGAAAGGUUAUUGAUGGAUCAGAUACUACAUUGGACGCUAUUGAAAAAGUACCCGUUGAUGAGAAAUAUAAACCUAUUCAAGAUAUUAGAAUUAAAUCUACUAAUUACAUUUUCUGA